UGCCACAAGAGGCCAGUUUACAUCUGAAAUGUCAGAUUUAUUGAAAAAAUGUUGGGAAAGGAUAGACCCAACCAUCAUUAUUGAAGCUGCAUCAGGUCCACUGCUGAUGGAUAACAAGGAAGCAUCACAAUUUCUGUCUUCAAUAAAAGUAAAGCUUGGCAUGACUCUUCCUCUUGUGAAUCCACUAGGUGAAGAUGACACUUCCAGUGCUUUUUCUACUGAACACAGUAUUGUAAGCAGUGGCGUUGUGUCAUCUGUUGAUACUCAAAGCAGUUUAGUAGGCAGUCAAGCUCUUAUUGUUGCUGCAGGAAAUGGUGACCUGGAAGGAGUAGCUGCCCUUGUAGAUUCUGGAGUUGACAUUAAUGCACAAGAUGCUAACGGCAGAACAAGUUUGAACAUUGCAACUAGGGAAGGACACAAACCUGUCGUUGCAUAUCUUGUUUCAUGUCGUGCCAAUGUGGAUCUAGGCGAUGAGGAUGGUUGGACUCCACUUCGUACUGCAGCUUGGGUAGGUCGAUUGGAACUAGUUGUCUAUCUUUUGGAAUACGGAAAUGCCAAUGUGGAUGCUUUCGAUGGAGAAGGCCGAAGCCCUCUGAGAGCCGCAUCUUGGGCGGGGCAUGAUGUUGUUGUACAAGAACUAAUAUCAAGAAAUGCCAGUAUUGAUCUAGAAGACAAGCAGGGUCGUACUCCACUGAUAGCCGCAUCUUAUAUGGGGCAUACGAAAAUCAUAGAGAUGCUAUUGGUGCAUGGUGCGAAUGUCAAUCACGUUGAUAGAGAUGGCAGGUCAGCCUUAUCUGUUGCAUCAUUAUGCAACUCACCAAAUGCUUGUGAUGUGGUUACUAUUUUACUCAAUGCACAAGCAGAUGUUCAUGCCGAAGACCAAAGUGGAAUGCGACCACUUAAUGUCGUUGCUUAUGAAGGUAAUGCCAAAGUUGCUGAGAUUUUGCUUGAUGCUGGAGCUGAUCCAAACCAUCUUGAUCGAACGCACAAGACAACGUUAAUGGCAGCCGUAGCAAGUGGCCAUGCUGCACUUGUGGAGCUUCUUUUGUUUUGGAGUCCGAUUUUUGAUCAAGUCGACAACGAGGGCAGAUCAUUGCUUACACUCGCUGCAAGCUCAGGAAGCCUCCAGGUAGUCAACUUGUUACUCAACAUUGGAUUGGAUGUCAAUCAUGUCGACAAACAGAGUUGGACGCCUCUGUUUCAUGCUGUCUGUCUGGGAAGUCAUACUGUUACCAAACAAUUGAUUGAAGUUGGAGCCAAGAUGGACGUCGUUGAUAGAGAUGGACUCACUCCUCUCUUGCUCAGUACUCAGGCUGGCAAACUUGACUGUGUACGAGUCCUUGUGAAUGCAGGAGCUAACUUAAACGCAACUGUGGAGGAUAGUGUUACGGCUCUAAAGCUAGCUGCUUUAGCUGGUCGGACUGACAUUGUGCAUGUUCUAGUCGAGGGAGGUGCUGAUGUCGACCAGUUGGAUCACGACAAGAAAUCAACUUUAUAUGCAGUAGCAGGUCGAGGAUUGCCCGAUGUUGUUCGCUCUCUUCUCAAUCAUGGAAGUAACCCUAAUAUCUUAGAUAGGACUGGCCGAUCUCCCCUGCAUGUUGCUGCUUGGAAUGGUUACGAAGACGUCAUUCAAAUGUUGGCUGCUCGAAGAGCUAAUAUCAACCAGCCCGAUCGACGCGGAUUGACACCUUUGCAUGCUGCUGCAUGGCAUGGUCAUAAGGAAGCAAUCAGUUCUCUGUUGGAUUGGGGGGCUGAGAUAGAUAAGCCGUCACAUGAUGGAGCAACAGCUCUGGGGAUAACGUGUCAAGAGGGACACGAGCAAGCUGUUAAGCUGCUGUUAUCUCGAGGAGCAAAUCCUUUCAAAGUAGACAAAUAUGGAAGUACUCCAUUGGAUAUUGCUCAACAAUGUGGUCAUCCUCAGCUUGCCAAUCUUAUCAGACAAUUCCAACAGCGGCGACGUAGUGGGAGACCAUCCAGUGCUCUCUCCAGGCAGAGUUCUUCAACGGUACAAGGCACACCGACUACUCACAUUCGAGAUCACUCGGACGUUCGCUCAGAACCAGGAGGAAGACACGUGCCAAGACGCGAUCCUCAUACACUUCGUUCCAUAUCACCAAAACCCAGCAGCGUAUCCGGACGAUCUUUAAUCUCUGGUUCAUCCACUAAUGCUCUUAGUAGGCGACAUCAAUCAACAAAUCUGGGACUACCAAGAAAGCUGCCUGCUGCUGACCAAGACGCUCUCAGUCUCUGCAGCUCCAGCACUUCAAAAUCGAUUUCAAGGCACCGACGACCUUCUGCUCGUGAUGAAUACAAAGCUAUUAUGGGUGUCUUACGAGAACAGGACUCUGAUUCACGUUCAGUAGGAGCAACAGUGAGGAGAAGCUCAAGUGGACGGUCCGAAGGUCGGCUUGCUUCAGCCCUUGGUAAGUUCUGGAAACGACACAAAGAGAAAGACACACGGCAUAGAGGCAGCAACAGCAGCAAACAAAAACUCUAGGGUAGAAUUUUUAAUUUGCUUUAUUGUAUUUAAUAUUUUUGUAUUUAGACUGCAAUAAUAAAUUACUUGU